AUGCGAUUCUCUCCUUUCCUCCUACUAGCCUCGUUGGUCUCAGCCAGUCCCCUCCUUGACACCACCACCACCGAGGUGAUCGACGUCGCAAACAGUCUCGACGAGCUCACACCCAUCACCGACCUCGCCGAUCAAUCACUUCUUGAGGCCCGUGGCUCCACUCCGUGGCACAAUUGCAAGUGCAUCAACGGCUACAUCACCGAUGAAAAUUACUCCAGUGUCUACGAGAAGACGCUCGCCUACAGCGACAAUUGGGCGACCGAGGCGAAUGUCCGCCAGGGCACGGGAGUUUACUUCCUCGGACCCUCGAAGUACUUCCUCACCGUCGUGGUCAAGGGCAAGAACUCCCAGCUGAUGACCAAAUCCCGUGUCGGCAAUAUCAUCCAUCAGUUGAAGGUCGCUCGUGGCGACAAGAGCUGCGGCACCAAGCCUGUUGUUUGCUGGACCCAGGGUGAUGAUGAGAUCAAGGCUUAUAUUAAGGCAUAUUAA